CGCGUGGGGAACGAAGGCUAGCCCGUCUGGUCCGAUCCCACAGAAGAGCUACUGUAGCACCGAUGGCCGAAAACCUUAACGCUGGCCGUGAUGGAAAGGUGUCGGAACACACAGCGCAUCACAGCUUGCUGCGUAUGGGACUCUGUAGCCGCAAACCGGUCAGAGUGCCCGUGCCGACCCCCGUCCACCACCGAAACGAAAGCGCCUACAAUGGGCACGUGAGCGUCAGAACCGGAAGAGGCUCGGUCCGGUAUUAGAGAACGAAACGUGUCACAGCAGACUCCGCAGGAGGACUUGACGUGACGCUUUCGGUAAAGUGUUCGAUUGAUGUCUCGUCCUUUUUCUUGAAGAUGCUGAGACCGCUAUUUGUUAUAAUCGCUGUAUUUAUACAUCGUUUACCACAAAUAAUGCGGUAAUGCUGACCCGACACAUGAAAGGAGCCGUUCGUCCCUGUUUAUCUUUAGAAUGCAGUGCGUCUCCAGGAAGCAGCGUGUGACGUUGGGCUCCGGGAGGGGAAGCGAUGCGAGAACAUCUGCUUCACGAAGCGUGGCGUCAGAGAUGCCUCAGACAGCUGUCAAACCACACCGUGCUGUCGCAAUAAGUUUCUCAAACACAGUGGCAGGAAGUGGCUAAAGAGAGGACUGAUGCAGAAUGAUGAGAGUAAACAUGGACCACUUUCAGAAAGUAAACCUUUUUUGAUUGGCUGAGCUGCAGUUUCCUGUCUGGGGCUUUCGGUGAUGCAGUCGGGAACAGAGGUGCGGAGAGAGACGGAAGGAGGUCAGAACGUUAGCCGGCAUUCUUGGACGGAGCGGUGUUUGAGUUUGAAUGGCCUCCGGUUGGGGCUCCGUGCGGCUCCACGGGUUCACGGUGGACAGCGGUGGGACAGUUUAUGCAAAAUUCCAUUUCUGAAGACCUCGGCCUUCCUGCUUCUGUGCUUCUUUAGUCUUCGUUGUGUUCACUGAGGACGCUGGAGAAGAAUGCCAGUUAUGAUGUCGCUUUAAAACUUCAUGCGUGUGAACACCUAACUACAACAUUACCCUGCUGUACAAAUGUGUAAAUUGCUAGUUGGAGCUGCCCGAAGCCAAGAGUUGUGGAUGCUCCCUUCCCGAAGUGCCUGCAGGUCUCUUUGGAUGGCCUGAUGGAAGCUCAUAAGGAGAAGUCCUCUCUUUAUCUUCAUCUUCGAUGAACUUGUGCAACCGUGCAGAAGCUGAAGCUAUACGAGGAGAAAUUUUGAAGUGAAGCGGCUCCCCGGUAGCUGCUCCAGCCACCAUGCCCCAGGAGGACGCCCCAGAUCCAUCGCACGCCGCCUUCGACUGCUUCGUUCAGGCCCAGACCUGCAAGGAUGUGCUGCAGAGCUUCUCGGCGCUCUGCCGCCUCCUCGACGUGGACCCCCAGGACCACCGGUGCUUCUACCCCAAGCUGAAGGAGAGGCUGAACUACUGGAAGGCCAAGGCUCUGUGGGCCAAGCUGGACAAGCGGGCCGCCCACCCGGACUACGGGCAGGGCCAAGCCUGCGUUGGGAACAAGUGCCUUGUUCUAGGUGCUGGCCCCUGUGGGCUUCGAACCUCUAUUGAACUGGCGCUGCUGGGUGCCAAGGUGGUACUGCUUGAGAAGCGGGAGACCUUCUCCAGGAACAACGUGCUCCACCUGUGGCCCUACACCAUCCACGACCUGCGUGGCCUCGCUGCCAAGAAGUUCUAUGGCAGGUUCUGCUCUGGAUCUCUGGACCACAUCAGCAUUCGUCAGCUGCAGCUCAUUCUGCUCAAGGUUGUUCUGUUGCUGGGGGUGGAGGUUCACAUUGGGGUGGAGUACAAGGGGUUGGUGGAGCCUCAGUCCAACGGCAAGGAGAUCACAGGCUGGAGAGCCCAGCUGAGCCCAGUGGAUCACCCAGCAGGGUCCUUCCAGUUUGACGUCCUCAUAUCAGCUGGCGGAGGCCGCUUUGUCCCUGCAGGUUUCCGUCGGAAAGAGCUCCGGGGAAAGCUGGCCAUCGGCAUUACGGCAAACUUCAUCAACCACCACACCGCCACUGAGGCCCAGGUUGCGGAGAUCAGCGGUGUGGCCCGCAUCUAUAACCAGAAGUUCUUCCAGGACCUCCACACGGAGACAGGCAUUGAUCUGGAGAACAUUGUCUACUACAAGGAUGACACCCACUACUUUGUAAUGACUGCCAAGAAGAAAAGCCUGUUGAACACGGGUGUCUUAAAGCAGGACCACAGCAAUGCGGAGACCCUCCUUUCCCCGGCCAACGUGGACCAGGAGGCCUUGCUGCGUUACGCUCACGACGCGGCCCACUUCUCCACGGGCCGCCGUCUGCCGCACCUGGAGUUCGCCUGCGACCACACCGGCCGCCCCGACGUAGCCGUCUUCGACUUCACGUGCAUGUACCGGGCCGAGAACGCGUCCAUGGUGAGGGAGAGGAGGGGCAAGAAGCUGCUCGUUGGCCUGGUGGGCGACUGCCUGGUGGAGCCCUUCUGGCCCCUGGGAACAGGCGUGGCCCGGGGCUUUCUCGCUGCCUUCGAUGCAGCCUGGAUGGUGAGGCGCUGGGGACUGGGUGCGAACCCCGUGGAUGUCCUUGCUGAACGGGAGAGCGUCUAUCAGCUGCUGUCGCAGACGACCCCCGAGAACACCAGCAAGAACUACAACGCGUACAGCAUCAACCCCACCACGCGCUACCCCAACAUCAACCUGGGAUCCAUCAAGGCCUCUCAGGUCCGGAACCUGUACGAUACUGAAGACCACAUAGAUGCUUGCAGGUCCUCCUUCAAGCGGAUGAACAAGGCUCCGCACCUGCGCCAAGACUCAUUCGGGCGCUAUGAAGAUCUGUUGAGCUGGUGCCAGAACCAAACCGCUGGCUACAAGGGGGUUGCAGUGACGGACCUGACCGAGUCAUGGAGGUCUGGACUGGCGCUUUGCGCCCUCAUCCACCACUUCAGGCCAAAGCUCAUUGACUUUGACUCCCUUGACAAGCACAACUCCGCCCACAACAAUCAGCUGGCGUUCGACGUGGCCGAAAAGGAACUGGGCAUCUCCCCAAUCAUGUCAGGCGGCGACAUGCUGGCGCAGGGACAGCCGGACAGGCUCUCUAUGGUGCUGUACCUCACCCAGUUGUACAACUCCUUCAUGGGGACGGCGCCGCCUACUGAUCCAGAGGAGACACCGGCUCCCAAGAAGACGCUGUCCCUCCCAGGGAGCCAGUCAGUGGCGUUCUUCCUGAGCAAGCUGAAGCACAACUCCCUGCAGCGGCGCAAGGAGAAACUGUCAGCUGAACGAGAGAGAAGAGAGUCAAAGGAGCAAGAGAUGGGGGAGGAGAAGGAGCAGAGUCUGGCGCCCCCCCAACUACCCCCCACCUCGCCCCAGGGCAGCAGUGAGCUGUGUUACUUCUGUGGCCAUCGGGUCUACGUGCUAGAGCGGGUCAGCACCGAGGGCAAGUUCUUUCACCGCAGCUGUUUCACCUGCCACCAGUGUGGCACCACCCUACGUCUGGGCGGCUAUUUCUUCAACCACGCAAGCGGGAAGUUCUUGUGUGUGCAGCACUCUGAGGAGUCAUCGUUCGAGAAGGAGGAGGAGAAGCAUGUGCAGGACGUUGGUGAGGACUCUACCACAGCUCCUCAAGGACUCAGCGGGAGGAACGGGGAGCGCAGGCUGUUCCAGCCCCCCUCAGGUCUCCCAGACAAGGAUCACACCUCAGCAUCUCCAGGGCCCACAGAGAUCAAAAUGCUCAAGGACCAGGAAGACAAUCUGCUGGCAGGUUCACCUCUGGCUCAGGGUGCAGACCCAUCAGUGUGUUCUCAUCGAGACUCCGAGGUCAAGCCUAACGCUGUGGUCAACACCCUGGAGGAGGCCAGUGGUGAGGACGAUGCCUCGAUCAGUUCACCGAGUGAAAUGAGGGCAGAGGCUCCCCAUGAGACACCCCCAGUUCUGGCACCUCGCUCCAUCUACCUGCCCAUCAGGGUGCAGGUGGAUGCCGAAGAUGAGCCUGGUGCUGCAGUAAUGCUCCCUCCAGUGCCCAAACCACGCAACAUCCUACCAAAGAUCCCUUCAGUCUCCGUGCAGCUAACACCAGAACAUGUCGAUGAGGACAGGGAGGGAGUGGAGCAGCUAUCAACCGAGGAGGAGCCAUGCCAGGAGGUGGCCUCAGACCACCGACCCAAGCAGCCCCUGCGCAAACUGCAGCUCACAGAGGAGGAGCGGAAUCAGCUGGGGAGCCUGAGCUUCAGCCACGACUCAGAUUCUGAGGCCCCGGCGCCAUCUUCCAGCAGCACCACAGCCAGGCCUCCGAAACCCCCAAGGAGCCUCCUGGAGCCAGGUGCACCUGCGGAGACGGGUGCGUGGGGUAGCACACUCACAGGUAGCAUCCGGGAUCAGAAGAACCGCAGGUCCUUCAGGCGGAAGGAGGAGCUGGCAGCCAAGGCUCAGGCCCAGGCGCCACACAACCCCAAGACGCGCUCCAAGUUCUCCCCCUGGAACCUUUCCUCACCGCGGCUUGCUAGAGACCACCGGCUCUGCGUCGCUGGGGCCCACGUGCAAAAAUCGGGUGCAGCCUCCCAGGCUGACGUAACCUCAUCGGAUGUGGACAACGAAGAGGAUGAUGAUGAUGACGAUGACGAAGUAGAAAAUAUGCUCUGUGUAGAUGAUGGAGUGGACCUGUUUAAUGAGAAGUUUCAGAUGGUCCCCUCUGACCCAGAUGAAGCCCAGAAGCUAGAACUGCUGAAGAUGAGGACCCUGGAGCGCCGGGCCAAACUCUGUGAGAUGCAGCGCUUCCACAAAGCACAGUCCAUCCAGAGGCGCCUGGAGGAAAUUGAAGUCACCUUCAAAGAGCUGGAAGAGAAGGGUGUGGUUUUGGAGCGGGCGCUCAGAGGAGAAGCAGGCUCCGAUGGCUCCUCAGACUUGAUCGACCAGUGGAUCCAGCUGGUGCACCAGAAGAACGCCCUGGUUUCCGAAGAGUCUGAUCUGAUGGUGGCGUCUCGCCAGCUGGAGUUGGAGGACAAGCAGAGCACGUUGGAGGCAGAACUCCGGCGCUACAUAGAGAUGGAUGAGUCUGAGAAGACGCCGCAGCAGCGCGAGGAGGAGGAGCGGGUGCUGCAGGAGAUGCUGGAUGUGGUGGACAUGAGGAACUCUCUGGUGGCCUUCCUGGAGGAGCGGCGGCUGAAGGAGAUCAACGAGCAGCUGCAUGGGGUGUCCAUCAUGGAGCCCAAGAGGCCUUGUCCGGGGGGGGCUCAGGUGCACUGGGCCUGAGCAAGCGGCACAGGCGUGCACGGUCACACACACGCGCACACACACACACACACACCUCUUAAACACUGCUGACACACAGAAACAAAUGUUGACAUCAUCUCACGAUCUCUCAGGUGAACUCUGAAACAUGGUGCACUUAACCCCACACACACACACAUACACGCACAUUCACACACACAUGCUCAGGGUCAAGUGUCAGUUUGGCCUCCAGUAGUCACACAGGGUAUUCAUCUCCCAGGCUUUCUGGACUCCCAGCCACACACACCUCAGUCAAGGAGGGAGGUGAGACCCCACACCUUCCCCCCACUCCCCCCUGCAGGCUGGCUCCAGCUCGCGCCCUCCACCGAGGAGGGCGGCUCAUAGUGCCUGGCUGCGGCCACGUGCCAGUGUGCCACAGGCACACGCUUGUUUGGGGAGGGGGGCGGCCUGUCUCUUUGUCCCACAUAAGGCACUUCAGCCUGAGACUUAUAAUAAUAAUCAUUGCCACUAUUAUUAUUGAUACUAUAAAGGGGACUUUGAUUACAUUAUUAUUGCUAUUGUUGUUAUUAUUAUUGCUUUAUUCUUUGCCAAUUUGAGAGUUUUUCACUUGGUUGCUGAGAUAUUGAACAGGUAGCCGAUGCUUGUUGUGCUUUGCUUUCCCUCAGCGCACUUCCCACCUACGUGUGCUCAUUAAUGUGUGUGUUCUGGUCACGUCCCUCAGGAUGCGAGGACCUGCUUCAGUCUCGGGCUUGAGAACGGAACGCAGCGCACACUACCCAUAAGUUGUGCUCAUUCAUUGUUUUUAAAGCACGUAGACAAAAGAUUAGGCGACUGCAGCGGCUUUAUGCUGAUGUUGGACAUUACUGGACUUUUUUUUUAAAAAAAUACUUACAGCAAAGUGUUAAUGCCACAGUGUUGAGGAAUUUAUUACCACUAUACAGUUGGGUUAAACUUCACAUUUACAGUACAUGCUAAUUUUGAAAUAUGAAUUUGACACAACUAAUAAGUCAUGUUAUAAAUUAUUUGUGAACUAUUGUUGCAGUGUUGCGGAGGUUUCUGUCAUUUUCUUUAUUAUAGUCUUGUGCUGCUGGGACAGUACAUUCCAAUGGACAAAUAAAAAUAAUUAUUUUUAAAAGUAUUUGUAUUUCUGGCUCAUGGCACUAGUGUGCUGUGUUUGAUUGGUUUGUGUUUUUCAGUGCCCUGUUUCCGCAGGUUUCAGGUAGGGCACCGGACCACGUGUCAUGCCUCAGUCGUGAUGAAAAGUGGCUGUAAGUUGAGUUUAUGUUUCAUCUCCACUAGGUGGAGCCACUUGCAGGUACCCUGAGUGCCACGCUGAGGUCUGAACAUUCUAGAUGAUUGAAUGUGUUGAAGUACUGUGUUCCACCCGGCAAACGCGAGCAGACGCCACACCGCACUUUGACCGCACCACAGCUGUCGCUUGCUCACAGCGGCUGACCGAGUCGUCCUGGUGCAAACGGUCAAGUUGGAGCCCGUUGACCGUUCUGUAGCCUGUGGGCAAGUGUUUCGUAGUGCAGAUGCCUCACGGACAUGUGGCUCGGCUGUUGCUGGUUUGAAUCCCAGUCAGUGGUUCUGUGGUUGUACUUUUAAGUUGGGCAGUUGGACUAAACAGUAACUGACCAGCUGGGGGACCAGGGAUGAUGUUGCUUAGCAACCCGAUAAUACAAAAUGUGCAACAAGCUGUAGCUGUUAUUUAGCAGGUUCAAGGACGGUAGACUUUUUGGGAACGGUUUAACGGCCCCGGGUCCUGUGCUCCAUGUGGGUCAGCAGAGCGUUCGCUUUAACAGGAUGAGACCAGGGGCCAAGCUCCAAUAAGCCACCAGCAAAGCCGCUCUUCCUGCAUCGUUCCCAGGAACCGUUACAUCACAAUGGCCCGAUCCGUGGCCUCUCUGGGGGAAGGGGUUGAUCCAGGACAGUGGGCCCGCUGACCGGUCCACACAGGUCAGUGAACCUGAGGGUGCAGAGGGACCGCUGGAGAUGGCACCGCACAUGUGAGGUGUUUUAUUAAUGAUUAAUAUGUGGGUCUUUUGAGUGCUACAGCUGUGAUGAAAAUUGAUGGACUAUUCAGUCGUGGCUCCGCCCCCAUGUCACAAGCAGUUCUUGAGCCAUAAUUAUUCACUGAAUUGAGUUCGCUGAUGAAAGAUAAAGAAUAAAUGAAUAAUUCUGCUA